CUGCUGGUAAGCCGGGACAAUAAACCCUCUGUCCCGUCCACACACAGAGCCCUCUCUCUGGCAGACCGGACUGCCAAUGGUGAGGUGGGCAGAAAGAGGCGGAGGGGAGAGAAGGAACGUAGGAGGUUAGCGGCCACUCGAGGCAUCCGCGUGACGCGAAGGGAGUUUCUCAGGGUCAAUGUAAAGCGAACCUGCAGCGACAUCUUGGACUAUGUGACCGCCCAGGUUCCCUCUCCGCAGCCUAACCAGCCCAGGCCUCGCUUUUCCCUCUACCUGUCCUCUCAGCUGCAGUAUGGGGUGAUUGUGGUGUACCACAGACAGUGUGGCAUCCUGCUCCAGGAGGUUCAACAAAUCAUUGACCGCCUGCUGCGCUCUAAGAAAAGCACCCUUAUCGACAUGGCUCAAUCUGACAGGAUGGCCUUGGAGGUCCCUGAUGACCUCCACAUGAUGGAAGAGUCUGAAGCAGCUCAGGACCCAUUCUUUGGUCUCAUGGAAUCUCACCAGCUACCCAGCCCCUAUAAAAUACAGCAGCUGGAGUUGGUGUAUGAAGAAGCAGAUAUCCGGCAUUCCCUGGAGCGCAGUGCUCACGCCGCAUUAAACACUCAUACUCGGCUGACCCGUUUGUCCUUUUGUGUUAAACCAGGAUCGAGUUUGACUCCUGCUUCCAUCACCCUGAGAGAGAAAGAGCCAUUUGUCAUCAGCACUGCUGAGUACUUUGAGGGAGACGACCUUCCUGAAGCCACAGCCAGAGAAAUCGACCUGCUGUUGGAUCAGCCAGACCUGUUCCGGGGAGACAGUCAUCCGGGUGUCACUCCCCGGUCAUUCUGUGCGCGUGUGGGCGUCACACCUGCCGGUUUCGGUCAAAGCCCGCGUGCUGCUGCGUGCAGGCUGAGGGAGACGACCUCCGGAACGGAGCGGGACAGCGUGUGGCUGCUGGACGAGGAGACGGGUCAGCCCGUCGAGGUUCCCCUGGCUACCCUGGCCCACGAGCGGACGCCCUCGUACGUGGCCAUGCCAACUCCAACCAGGGGGUCGUCUGAGAAGACGGGAAGCGGAGCAGCCGGGAGUCCCUAUAAAGAGGUGCCCGAACCCCCCCUGAGGAAGCAGGCCGGAGGACGCAGGCGUCAGCUGGUCUUCGCUGACCCCGAGGUCCAGAUAUCCGACACCGCAAUGCAUGAGCAGAUUGGGAACCCCGCUGCAGAGACCCUGGACAUGUCGGAGGUGAUGCUGGAUUUCUCUUCGUUGACCAAGCAUGAAACUCCUGCUCAGCUCUUUGGCGCCCCCUGUGGAUCUCUCCUCCACAGUGACAUCCUGUCACUAUGGCAACGUCAGGCCUCAAUCGCCGUCCUGCCUGGAAAUGAGGAGACGGAGGGAGCAGAGGGGGAGUCAGACAUGGAGGUACUGAGGGCGGAGAGGAAGCGGACGCACUCCCGCGCCGGCGAGAACCGCAGCGAUUCAGGACUGCAGCCCGCCGAGACCUCAUCCGUGCUAGACGUCCUGCUGGACGUGUCCAAAGAAGACAGAUCUGGGAGCGACCUGGUCACCCCCAUCAGCAGAUGGUCCCCACCGGAGGAAGCCCAGCCACCGAUGGAGCCCAUAGCCGAGGAAAACAUCGAGAUGCCCGAGGGUCAGAUCGACUUAGAGAGCAGGGAUAUGCUGAGCUGGAUCUCCUCCUCCCUGCAGAGGCUUGAUGAGGUCACCUUCGACUCUCUGCUGCCUCCAGAGGCCGACCGCCUCACUACAGCUCACACACUCCACAAACUGCUGGAGCUCCUGUCAGCGAAUCAGGUGACGGCAAGUCAGACCCGUCCCUACAGUAGAAUCAUCAUAAGCUCAGCACCACUCAGGAUGACAGCCUGAACACAACCACACUCCCAAGUUUGUUUUUAUCCGCUGAGAUUUGUAAACCAAAUCCUGUUAGUUAUUUAUUAAGAGGUCAUCAGUUAGAGCAGGCGACAGAUUUUACACAGUGUGAACUUUUUAACAUUUUUAAGAAGUAAAGGUUUUUAAACUUUUUAUUACUGUUCCAGGUUUGAACACAUUGUCAGUGUUUUUUUACUGUAUUUAAACAAAUCUAUUUGACUCGCUGUUUAUGGUGGAUCAG